UCCUCUGCCAUUUGUCGUUCGGUGCGCGGACUGUAGUGAUCUCCGUAUCUUCAAAGUGCUCCUCAGUGUCGAAGAUUUUUCAGUGUAUUUACUAGUGUUUCCGUAAAUAUCUACAUCAUAUCUAUCAAAAUGGCUGAUGUUGAAGCAAAAGAAACCAAAGUUGUCAGCACACCUGAGAAGAAGGUGGUAGAGGAGGAAAAGCCCGCUAAGGUCGUGGAGAAAGUUGUGGAGGAGGUUGAUGAAGAUUCCAACUCCAAAGCGUCAGAAAAUGGAAAUGGAAAAGUCACAGAGACCAAAGAAAAUGGCGCAAGCGAGGAGAAGGAAAAUGACGAGAAGGAAGCCGAAGAGAAGGAGGAACCCGCCAAGAAUGGUGGUGACACCGACAAAGUUGCUGCAGUUGACACCUGUUGUAUAAAGAGGAAGUCGGUCGGAGCUGACGCGACCGAUGAUGCCGCGAAGGACGGUGCGAGUCCUGAAAAGAAAGCAAAGCUUGAUGAAGCGCCAGUUGUUGAAGCCGAAAGCAACGGGGUCUAAAGAUGAUGUCAGAAUGCAAACAUAAUCAUCAGUGCAUCGCCAUAAAGACCUAGUGUCGAUCGCAGAACUCUGAUAUUGUUUACGAUUACGUUUUUGUGUUGAGAGUGGCCGUGUGUAUGUUAACUACAAGAUCUUGCGCAUCGUAGCCUUAAGGUGGUGCUGUACUGCCGAGUCAGCAUUGCACGUCGUACAUGAUAGAAAUUUCGCUACCCUCGUUACACACAUUUAAACGUAUGCAAGCAUGCGAGAGCGCGUUGGCGCGAUAUCAAAUCCGUAUUUACGCAAAAACUACUACUAUACUUUUUAUAAAUGACGACAAAGCGACCAACAAACGCCAAUCAAUCCUGCGUCUCAAGCAAGCCGGGCUCGAGUCUUCAGAUGACAAUACUCCUCUGGUGGAUCGAGCCGCCACUGGAUUUCUUGGGAGGCGGGAUCGAUUAAUCGCAAUAUGUAAAAUGAACCUGAGCUAAUCUCUGUAUAAGUUGAAAUACAUUCCUGCAAGAGAAUCUGGUAAAAUCAAGCAUUCGAAGUCCCAUUGACGAAGAAUGAAACGUGCUGUUUGAACAAUGCUGAUCCUGAAUCUUAAGUUACUUAAAGUCUGAUUUUAAUGCGAAAGUAUUACAAAAUAAUUAUACAGUGCGCGUUUUACCGACAGGCAUAGGUGCACACUUUCUGAAUAGCGCAGUUCGAAGAUUCUUUUGUCCAGAUGCGUGCUGCGGUGCAUUCGUAAAAUUAAUCUAGAUCAGAUCAAUAACAUUAAAACAAUUUUCAUUGACGAGAUAAUAUUCAUAGACGAUACUAAUUUUUUUCUUUCGUAUUUUUGUUUUGUUUUAGAUCAAUUUUAACCCUUGACUGGUCGUGUGCUAAUCGAAAAUAUGUAAUAUCCUUGAGUUUCCAGACGUGUAAUCGUUCGGAUGUAAUUUGAACGGAUUAUAAUACCUAAAGGUUGAAUUGGCUUUGCAUGAUAUUCAUCAUAUAUUUGGCCAAAGUGUAAUUUGCAAAAUAGAUAAUGAUUUAAAACAAAUGUAUUGUUUGAUUCAAAGUUUGAUAAUGUACUAUUCCAGUUGAGGGAUAAUUUUGGCAUUAGUAAUAGUCGUGGUACUUAUCCAAGCAAUCCAAGUUUCAGUCUUGAUUUUAUCAAAGUGAAAAAGUUUUUAUUUUUAUGAACGAGGCGAUUGCAUUUAUAUGAGACUUAAAUUAAAAUAGUUAGAUUUUUGAGUCUGGCAGGCGAACAUCGCAAAGAGAUCACCUGUAGCAAAAGAUUCACCUGUGUGAGAUAAAGGUGUUAGUUCAACGUAUCAAAGUUGUUUAGGUAAAACAUUUUGGCUAGUUUAGUCUACGUAGAUCAGUUUAUAGUUCAUCGAAUCUCACAACAACUGCCAUGCCAUUUAUUGAUGUCUAAUUAAACUGGCAUUCGCUGACCUGCUGAAAGCACUUGUCGUACAAAAUUUAACGGGGUCUGUAAUGAUAUUCAAAACUUACCUAAUUAUUAAAACUAAUCUCUAGAUGAAAAUAAAUGUUAAUUACCGACUAACAACAGAAAUACUUGUACAGGAUAAUAUAUAUUGUGUAAUUCAAUGUGUUCGCUAUUCCGGGUAAAAUAAAACUGGUUGUUUCAGAUGGCAA